UGCAGCUCGUGUCAAUGCAACAAGCAAGAUAUUUAAAUGAGCCCAUGGCCCCAUGUUAUUAACCAGAUGGGAAUCUUCAGUCGCUCACUAAAUUAAAACCUCAUAACAAAAUGCGUGUCCAACUCUUGUCAUCCGUAUUGCUCGCCGUAGGCGCCCACGGCAUACGUAUCCUCCAGUCAAACGACGACGGUUGGGCAGAGCAAUAUAUUCGGGUCCUUCAUGACGAGCUCAACAACGCUGGCCACGAUGUCAUCCUGUCAGCACCAGCCGAAAACAAGUCUGGUACAGGAUCUUCUGACUCGGAACCAUCCCCGCGUACUCAGGCCUGUGAAUAUAAUAGCUGCCCUGCGGGCAGCGGCGCCGUGGGUAACAAUGCGACGAACCCAAGAUUAAACUGGGUAAAUUCGUUCCCGGUAACUUCUGCUCGCUUUGGAGUCGAAACGUUUGCUCCUCAGCUGUGGAACGGACAAGCCCCGGAGCUCGUGGUCUCUGGGCCGAACGUGGGAAGCAACUUGUUCCUCGAAGUUCCCUUCUCCGGGACUGUCGGCAUAGCCACCUACGCGACUCGCGACGUCGGCAUCCCGGCCAUCGCCUUCUCCGGCGAUUCGUCCGGCAGACUUGCGUUCGACGCGCCUGUGGAAACGCGAAGCAUCGUGUAUGCGAAGCUGGCAACGCAGUUCACGAAUGCGGUCAUCGCCGCUGGUACGCCGUACCUCCCCGACGACGUGUUCCUGAACGUGAACUUCCCCAAGGCCGAAGGAGACUGCACCGACCCGGCCAAGUUCAAGUGGGUGCUGAGCCGUAUCAACCCCGGCGUAUUCUCCGAGCGCGAUGUCGAGACCUGCGGUACCGACAGAUUACCGACGGAGUCAAGCGUGGUCGGUGCUGGUGGCUGUCAGAUUUCCGUCAGCGUGGGAGACUCGACGGAUAAGACGACGGCACCAGCUGACAAGCAGGCUAUUGUGUUGCAGAAGUUGGGCAGUCUACUGAGUUGCUUGGAGUAAUAAUACUCUUGGCGGGGCCUAGGACCAUAUUUGCGUAUAUAUUUGCAAUUUCUCAAGCUGUAUUUCUGGAAAUCAACAAGGAACUUGUACUGUAUAUUAU